AUGAUGCCUUUGGCAUUGCUUGAGAGUUUUGAUCUGAAGGGUCUGCUGCUCUUUCUUCUUGUAUUCUUGUUAGUCCUGGACUACCUAAAGAACAAGCCUCCACUGAACUUUCCACCUGGACCCUUCGCCGUACCAUUCCUGGGAAACAUUUUUAACAUCAACUUCAAAGAGCCACAUAUUUACUUAACCAAGCUGGGCAAGACCUACAAUAAUAUCUUCUCCAUGCAAAUUGGGCGACAAAAGUCAGUCUUUCUCACUGGUUAUAAAAUGGUGAAGGAGGCGCUGGUGAACCAGGCUGAGAACUUUGCAGAUAGGCCUUACAGCCCCCUUGCUGUGAGGAUAUACUCAGGCAAUGUUGGACUGUUUUCCAGCAAUGGGGAAACGUGGAAGAAGCAAAGGCGCUUUGCAUUGUCCACACUGAAGAAUUUUGGGCUGGGGAAGAAGACCAUGGAGCUGGCCAUCUGUGAGGAGAGCCGAUUUCUGCAGGACGAAAUGGACAGACAGAAAGGAGAGGCUUUUGAUCCUACGGAACUUUUCAACAAUGCUGUCUCUAACAUCAUCUGCCAGUUGGUGUUCGGCCAGAGAUUUGAUUACAAUGAUCACGAUUUCCGGCUCAUGCUGAGAUACAUAUCUGAAGCAAUUCAGCUAGAGGGCUCCAUGUGGGGAUGGUUUUAUGAAUCGUUUCCUGCCAUUAUGAAGCAUCUGCCUGGACGACACAACGUCCUUUUUAGAAACUAUGAAUUCGUUUCUAAAUUCAUAAGAAAGAACCUGGACAAACACAAAGCAGACCUGGACUCCUCCAACCCUCAGUGCUACAUGGACAGCUUCCUAAUUGAGAAAGAGAACUCUCAUGGUCCAGCUGAAGGUUUUACUGAAGACAAUCUGGUUUGUUGCACACUAGACCUGUUUACUGCAGGGACUGAAACCACUUCCACGACACUGCGCUGGGCCCUUCUCUACCUUAUCAAACAUCCGGAGAUACAGGAUAAGGUGCAGGAAGAGAUAGAUAGAGUGAUUGGACAGACACGCCUGCCCUGCAUGGCCGACAGACCAAACUUGCCCUACACUGAAGCUGUCCUCCAUGAGGUCCAGAGGAGAGGAGACAUUGUGCCCCUGAAUGGAGCAAGAAUGGCCGGGAAGGACACAACACUUGCAGGAUACUUCAUUCCAAAAGGAACUAUGCUGAUGCCGAUACUUCACUCUGUUUUGUUUGAUGAAACUGAGUGGGAGACACCCAAUAGCUUCAAUCCUGAGCACUUCCUCGAUAAAGAGGGGAAGUUUGUGAGGAGAGAUGCAUUCCUGCCAUUCUCCGCAGGGAAGAGAGUGUGUCUUGGGGAACAGCUCGCGAAGAUGGAGCUCUUCUUGUUCUUCGUCGGCCUUUUCCAGAAGUUCCGCUUCUCCGCAGUGGAAGGGGCGCAGCUCAGCACGGAGGGAGUUGUAGGAGUCACGCUCACUCCUCAGCCUUUUAAAAUCUAUGCAAAGGCACGAUGAAAACACGUCAUUGCAUUGCAUUGAAAACAGUUCAUGUGCAUGUAACCAAAUACUUUUGGAACUCUAUAUAUUUAUAUAUAUAUACACAGUACUGCUUGAAAGUUUUAGGCAUCUAAGCAAAUUUUUAAAUGCUUUACCUCAGCAGUGAGUUUAUCACAAAGUAUAUUAGA